CCGCCUCAUGGCCCUCCUCACCAACCACGACCAACAACAACAACAACAACCGCAACCGCCACCGCAACUGCCUCAACAAUCUUCUCAACCGCUUUCAGCUUCCGCCCCUAUCUCCUCGAUGGGGAUGUUAUCGGCCGCGAACGCUGCGGCAGCUGCGCUGAAUCGCGUGGCGAGCAGUAAGGUGCCGAGAGGGAGGCGCCUGGCGGGGGACCAUGUGGUGUAUGACGUGGACGUGAGGCUUCCCGGGGAGGUGCAGCCGCAGCUUGAGGUGGCGCCGAUAACGAAAUAUGGUUCGGAUCCUAACUUGGUUCUUGGAAGGCAAAUAGCUGUUAACAAGUCUUACAUUUGCUAUGGGUUGAAGCAAGGGAACAUUAGAGUGCUUAAUAUUCACACAGCUGUUAGGUCCCUUCUCAAAGGCCAUAAUCAGAGGGUCACAGACUUGGCUUUCUUUGCUGAAGAUGUUCAUCUCCUGGCUAGUGUUGGAACAGAUGGCCGUGUCUUUGUGUGGAAGAUCUCUGAAGGUCCUGAUGAUGAAGAUAAGCCUCAAAUUACUGCCAAUAUUGUUAUCGCUAUCCAAAUGGUGGGAGAGGAGAAAGUUGAAAAUCCUCGAAUCUGCUGGCACUGCCACAAACAAGAAAUUUUGAUAAUUGGUAUGGGAAGACAUGUUCUAAGAAUUGACACCACAAAAGUUGGAAAUGGUGAGGCCUUUGUGACAGAGGACACUCUGAGGUGUCCUCUUGACAAGCUCAUAGAUGGUGUUCAGCUGGUGGGCACUCAUGAUGGAGAGGUGACUGAUUUGUCAAUGUGCCAAUGGAUGAGAAAUCGUCUGGUAUCUGCAUCACAUGAUGGCACGAUAAAGAUCUGGGAAGAUCGCAAGACACAGCCACUUGCGGUGAUGAGACCACAUGAUGGGCAUCCUGUUUUUUCUGCUACAUUUUUCACUGCUCCCCACCGACCUGAUCAUAUUGUUCUUAUAACUGGUGGACCUCAAAAUCGGGAAGUUAAGCUUUGGGUCUCAGCAAGUGAAGAAGGUUGGCUACUUCCAAGUGAUGCUGAAUCAUGGAAAUGCACGCAGACAUUGGAGUUGAGGAGUUCAGCUCAACCAUCUGUUAAGGACUCAUUCUUUAAUCAAGUUGCAGCAUUGUCUCAUGCAGGUCUGCUUUUACUUGCAAAUGCUCAGAGGAAUGCUAUAUAUGCUGUACACUUAGAAUAUGGUUCUAAUCCUGAAUCAACACGCAUGGAUUAUAUAGCUGAGUUUACUGUGACCAUGCCCAUUCUGAGUUUUACUGGGACAAGUGAUAUAUUACCUCAUGGUGAACAUAUUGUUCAGGUUUAUUGUGUUCAAACACAGGCCAUUCAGCAGUAUGCUUUGGAUUUAGCCCAAUGCCUGCCACCACCAUUUGAAAAUGUGGGACUAGAGAAGCCAGAUUCCUCUGUUUCCCGAGAUGCUGAUGGAUUCAGUACUGUGGACUCAUCUGGUGUUAGAGCAUCUGAAAUGUCGUCAGCCAGUUCUGCUUCCAAAACAAUGUCACAAGGUGGUAGCACUGAGAGUGCACUUGCUGGAAGAUACCCUUUAAGCUCUGGCUAUAUUGAGGGACCUACUUCGGCUCCAUCCAGUAGUGAUGCUGAUAUUGUUUGUGUUCCAUCUCCGCCUCUUCCUUUGAGCCCAAGGUUGUCUAGGAAACUGUCUGAUUUCAGGAGUUCACAAUCUAAUUUGGGUGACCAUGUUGGGGACCAAUCCAUUAAUGAUUAUUCAGUUGACAGACAAAUGCCUACUAUUCAUAGGAACUUGUCUGAUGCACCACUGAUGAAUAAUGAUUUGAAGAAUGAUGAGAAAGUCAAACAGGAUGAUAUUUCGAGCGUACUUAAUCCCUCUGUUAUGUUUAAGCAACCAACUCACCUGGUUACUCCUUCUGAAAUCAUUAAGGCCGGUUCUCCCCCUGAGACAAAUAUAAUUGAUAGAAAUAGUGAAGGAGAUACAAAGAUCCCAGAUGUGGUUGAUUUGGGUAAUGCUGAAGUAGAAGUGAAAGUGGUCGGUGAGGCUACACCUGAUCAGAGCGAUGAGUAUAAUCAUCAGGGAUCACAACAAAACCUACUUUCUGAUGUUAAAGAAAAAUACUUUUGCUCUCAGGCUUCAGAUCUUGGUAUUGAGAUGACGCGAGAAUGCUGUGCAAUAUCAGGGGGAACUUAUAUUACAGGGGAACCAGGGCAAGUUGAUCUCAGUUUAGGGGAAUCACUUUCCCAAACUUCUAAUGCUGGUGAGGAUGGACUGCAAGACUCGACAAAAGAUGUGCACGAAAAGAUUUCUAACUCAUCUGCAUCCAUGACAGUACCACCUUCACCUGCACCUAACACAAAAGGGAAGAGACAGAAGGGCAAAAAUUCUCAAGCAUCUAGUCCAUCUUCCCCAUCUCCAAGUGCAUGCAAUUCAGUUGAUUUGUCAAAUGAAGUAGGUGGAAGUUCAAACCUCCCAUCUGCUGAAAAUGCAUUUCAUCAAAUUCUAGCAAUGCAAGAAUCAAUUAAUCAGUUAUUGACUAUGCAAAAAGAGAUGCAGAAGCAAAUGACAAUGAUGGUUACAGUUCCAGUUACAAAAGAAGGUAGAAGGCUUGAGGCAGCCCUGGGGAGAACUAUGGAAAAAGCUGUCAAGGCCAAUAUGGAUGCUUUGUGGGCUCGAAUUCAAGAGGAGAAUGCAAAAAAUGAAAAGUUGUUACGAGAUCGUAUUCAGCAUGUUACAGGUUUGAUUAGUAACUUUAUGAAUAAGGAUCUACCAGCAAUAUUGGAGAAAAUACUAAAGAAGGAAAUAGCUUCAGUGGGUCCAGCUGCAGUCCGUGCAAUGACCCCCACUAUUGAGAAAAUAAUAUCUUCAGCCAUUGUAGAUUCUUUCCAGAGAGGAGUAGGUGAUAAGGCAGUAAAUCAACUUGAUAAAUCAGUCAAUGCAAAACUUGAAGCCACUGUUGCCAGGCAAAUUCAAGCACAGUUUCAGACAACUGGAAAACAAGUGCUUCAGGAUGCACUCAAAUCCAGUUUUGAAAUAUCAGUGGUUCCCGCGUUUGAGAAAUCAUGCAAAGCAAUGUUUGACCAAGUUGAUUCUACAUUUCAAAAGGGCAUGGUUGAACAUUCAACUUCAGUGCAACAACGCCUUGAAUCUGGGCACACUUCACUGGCAAUGACUCUAAGGGAAUCCAUUAACUCAGCUUCAUCAGUUACUCAAACUUUGAGUAGAGAAGUGCUAGAGGGCCAGAGAAAGCUAAUGGCAUAUGCAACUGCAGGAGCCAACUCUGGCACACUAAAUCCUUUGCCCAUUCAGCUGAACAAUGGACCUCUGCUUCGUGAAAAGGUUGAAGUGCCUCUCGAUCCCAAACAAGAGCUAGCAAGGUUGAUAGCUGAACGGAAGUUUGAGGAAGCUUUCACCGGGGCUCUACAAAGAAGUGAUGUGUCGAUUGUAUCUUGGUUAUGUUCUCAGGUUGAUUUACAUGGACUUUUGUCAAUGGUUCCUCUUCCUUUGACCCAAGGAGUAGUGCUUUCACUUCUGCAGCAACUGGCAUGUGAUAUUAACAAUGAUACCUCACGAAAGAUUGCAUGGAUGACGGAUGUGGCUGCCGCCAUUAAUCCCUCAGACCCCAUGAUUGCGAUGCAUGUGCGACCCAUAUUUGAGCAAGUUUAUCAGAUACUGAAUCAUCAACGUAGCUUGCCUACAAUGACUGGACCUGAUCUUUCAAGCAUCCGUCUUUUAUUGCAUGUCAUCCACUCUAUGCUGAUGACAUGUAAAUGAUUUUCCUCAUUUCUGGAAGUGUGCAAUUAGCCUUUUUGAACUUUCAGAUAUUACAGCAAUUUUGUACAAAGCUCAGUGAGUUUCAUUAAAGGAUCCAUAUUGGUAGGUAGUUGACUGUGAAUCAAGGUAGUGUUGAAGAGGUGAUUCUUCUAUCAAAAUUUCUGCAGCAACGAAAUUUUUUUUGGGCUCAAAAUAUUCUGGUUAUUUUUUGUCCUCCCAACAUUAGUUA